AUGGCAACGGAGGAUGAGGGCCUGGAGGACCUGGAGAACGCCGAGGAGGAGGGACAGGAGAACGUGGAAAUUCUGCCCUCGGGAGAGCGGCAGCAGGCAAACCAGAAGCGGAUCACGACCCCCUACAUGACCAAGUACGAGCGAGCCAGAGUCCUGGGCACUCGUGCUCUCCAGAUAGCGAUGUGUGCCCCUGUGAUGGUGGAGCUGGAAGGAGAGACAGACCCCUUGCUCAUUGCCAUGAAAGAACUCAAAGCACGCAAGAUCCCCAUAAUCAUCCGUCGUUACCUUCCAGAUGGGAGCUAUGAAGACUGGGGUGUGGAUGAGUUAAUUAUCACAGACUGAUCAGAUUCCAGCUGUUGCUUUUGUUUUUGUGUUUCCAGGGAUGUUUCUAAUUUUGGUUAGUGUUUGUGUAAAUAAAUUUUUAAUCUCCCUAUUUUAAAUUAAAUAUAUUUGGGUUUU